UCAUUCAUUUCUUCUCGCUAGCAUUCCUGUCAAGAUUACGAGAGACACUCCCCGCGCGCUCGCUCGCUUCGGUCUGCGAGCCGACCAAGAAGUGCGCAUAUGGUGGCGCAACCUCUGGAUGAAGGCUGACCGCAAGACAGUUCCCUCUCCGUUCCACUGCUCCAACCACCCUGCCUACCAACUGCCUCGCGAAUUUUGCAACGCUUCUCAGCGGAUAUGUCGAACUGUCACAGCCGGCGGCCACUUGUGACCUGUGCAUCCUUAACGAGCUGUCCAAGACCGAAGCCACCAGGGAUACGCUGAGGUACUGACGUGAAGUAGAAGUACCGCAAGACAUCUCAGCAUCCUCGACAGCUUAUAAUAUCGUCCAAAUGCCGAUAUCUCUUUCACCACCUCCUGCAGCUCGUCCCAAGCAUGCGCGUCUCCCGAUAUUCGAUCUCCCCAUUGUCUCCUGCUGAUUCCACCCGCGCCAGGCUGACUAUCGGCGUGCUCGAGGCACCUGCAAGUUCUGGCCGAAACGAGCCGUUCCCUGGUGUGGCGUUGACAUGGCUUGCUUCCGGCCGAAUGACAAAGUGCAGCUCGCAGUGCGCCCAUCGAACGCGGUAUUUCAUCCGCCUGCGUAUGUGGUUGUGUCGAUGCUGACGUUCUGCGCCGGGCAGAGGCUCACGCGAGUGCGCGAAUUUCUGGCGAUUCAGAAGCGGAUCGGAAGGGAUGUCGCGAAGAGCAAUCUAUUUCUCGGGUGUCGGAGGUUUGGCGAGGAUUUACUGCUUUAUGCCGACGACGACCUGAAGGCGUGGGUCGAUCUCGGCAUAGAGGAUGUGCAUCCGGCAUUCUCGAGCGCGACUAGUACUGAUCAGUCUCUCGGCUACAAGUACGUCCAAGAGUGAUUUUUCGUCCUUCAUUCUAUCCUUCCGUUGUUAUCACAUUUGUGCAUAGUACUAGUCAUAAUUUGCAAGGCCGUGUUGAUAUUGUGAAGGUGUGGAGAGCUGGCGCAGAGGUUGGCAGCGAUUUAA